GAAGGGCGGCGGGGAGGAACACGUCCCGGCUGCUCACGUCUCCUCCUCUGGUCCCUCAGGAGCCGCUCCCCGGCCCACCCGUGCCUCAGUAUCCCCUUGGCGCCGCGGUCCGCACUGUGCCGGGUUGUAACCUCCCGGGAGAGGUCUAAGUGAAAGCGAAUAGAAUAGAACUGGGCUUGGAGCGAAGAGGACCCGGCUCCGUGGGCAUCACUUGGCCUCAGCUGUUAAACGGGACUCGGGCUAGCCGAGUCCACUGACUGCAAGGGGGUCCGAGAAAACCCUGUGUGCGGAAUGAUUUGCAGACCCUGAAGCCACAGGGAAAUGUGCAUUCCCAACCGCAAUAAUGCCUGUCUUACUGGUGCCCCUGGUAUUCGAGUUACUCGAGUUGUGGAGGAGACCGGACUUUCCUUGUUUGGAGAAUAGUUAAUUAAAAUAGUCACUGCCCCAUGCCACUAUGAAUCAAAAAUUGAACUUCGUGCUGUCCCACGUUGGUUGGUUGGUGUAUCCUGGUGCUAUGGGAAGAGCACGAGUGGCAGCAGGCUGUGAUGUCAGGGAAUGCUUGCCCUUUUGUUAAAUAUCUGUUUUGUUGAUUGAGCUCGGGCUUAUAAGAAUAGUGAACAAUGACCACACCAAACAAGACACCACCUGGUGCUGACCCUAAACAGUUGGAGAGGACUGGGACAGUACGUGAAAUAGGUUCACAGGCUGUUUGGUCCCUCUCAUCUUGUAAGCCAGGAUUUGGAGUGGAUCAGUUACGGGAUGAUAAUCUGGAAACUUAUUGGCAGUCAGAUGGUUCACAACCUCAUUUGGUGAACAUCCAAUUUAGAAGAAAAACAACAGUGAAGACAUUAUGUAUUUAUGCAGACUACAAAUCAGAUGAAAGCUAUACUCCAAGCAAGAUCUCCGUCAGAGUAGGAAAUAAUUUUCACAACCUUCAAGAAAUCAGACAACUUGAAUUAGUGGAACCUAGUGGUUGGAUUCAUGUUCCUUUAACUGAUUCACAUAAGAAGCCAAUUCGCACAUUCAUGAUACAGAUUGCUGUUCUAGCCAAUCACCAGAAUGGAAGAGAUACUCACAUGCGACAGAUUAAAGUAUACACUCCUGUGGAAGAGAGCUCCAUUGGUAAAUUUCCUAGAUGUACAACUAUUGAUUUCAUGAUGUAUCGUUCAAUAAGGUGAAAUUUUUAAAAAAUGAAAUGGGAAGCUAAUAAUGUGAAGUCUUUGUUAUUCCUUUCUAUUGAUACUGUUUAAGGUAUCUUCCAGUAGGGGAAAGGGUAGAGAAUAAAAAUGGUAAAUUAUAUUGUAUAAUCUUAUAUAUCUAAAAUGCUUUUUGUUGUUGUUUCAUUUUAAUAAAUAAUUUAAAUACA